CAGAGGCGUCUAGGGAUGACGAUCCUGUGGAUUUGAUCUGCUAAACUUGCCAGUUUUACAUCUGCUGCUGUGCAAUGCCUCACAUCCUGUCAUCCUCCAUUCAAAGCGACCAUCUCUUGUCUGUUAUCACACAUUAGUUUAUUGCGAGCAGGAUGAUCGAAGGGUGAAUUCCUGAUGCUGCAUUGCUGCUUCUCUCCUUAUUUCCUUGUUUUUUCUUUUGGAUAUAUUUUCCCAUUUCUUUCUACUGUCACUACAGGAAGUCAGUCUCUCCUGUGCAUCAGGGAUGUUUAUUUAACUUUACAGUGGAGAUGUGGAGAUUUUUGCUAGCUUCCAGCUAUUCCGGACACUUGUUUCUGCAAUGAAAGGAAAACAGGAACAUAGGAGGCAGUUUGGCUUCUGGUGGAAAUAUCUCUAGUCUUUCUCUGAGAGCAGUAAAAGCAAUCCAGCCAGAAGAUUGCUGUUAAGCGUGCUUAAUUUCUGGUGAGAAAGGCAUCACGGCUAAGAACACCAACUGAGCAAGGAGCUUGGAUCUCUUAUAAACUAGCAAUUUCUCAAGAAAAUUGCACAAAGCUGUGCUGUUUUUUUGUAAGAAAGGGGUGGAGAGAAGAGGAGGGGAAUGAUUUGAUUACAGAACGUGCAGGAUAGAAGAAUGCCUCCUGAUGCUGUUUCACAUGCAGUGCUUCUUGGUGCCUGAAAUGAUAGAGAAUAAAGAAGUAUGGACUUGCAGAGAUGCAGGAGAGCCAUCAUUUCAAGGCUAUUGAAUCGAAUGCUUUAGCUUUUGUUUACCUGCUGCCUGUGACCAUGCGAAUGCCAGAGAAAAGCCUGCCUCCCCAUUCUAUUCCUCCGCCUACUCCUUCCUCCUCUCUUUAACCAUCUUCUUCAUCCUGAUUUCUCAGCUCACUUGCUAAAGGAAGCAGGCAUUGUCUGGUGUGUGGGUGGCACUUAGGAGGCAAGCUAAGCUACUCUCUCUGAGCUUUGCCCUGCCACCAAGCAUAGAUGCCAGUUCCUUCAGUGGAAGAGGUGAGAGGAAGCUGCUAAAGAAGUUCUGUUUGGAACAUGCCAACACUUUAGCUUUGUUUCUUUCAUUUACCUAUAUGUAUGUAUAAAUAUAUAUAUAUAUACUUACAUAUACUGUAUGGGUACUUCAUAUGUAUACGGCUCCUGUUGAAGGAGAGAUCUGUGGGGUGUCAUAUUCCAUUUUUUAUUGCUACCUCACCACUGGUUCUCUAAAGUGAUCCAGCAAAGGGACAAGGGAGAUGCUACACUCCCUCCAGAGGGGCUGAGCCCCUUUGCUUGGCACUCUGUGUUUUCUACAGACGGUUUAUCUGGGUUCUUACUACAGGUGGGGUGUCCCACCACAAAUUCCUGCUAGCCCCUCCCUCUGUGAGGUUCUCAGCCCGGUAAGGGUGCACGGGAGGUGGCAUGGCAGCAGCUAUCGCAAGUGGACUGAUCCGUCAAAAGCGUCAAGCAAGGGAGCAGCAUUUGGACCGUCCUUCGGCCAGCAAGAGGCGCAGCAGCCCCAGCAAAAACCGAGGCCUUUGUAAUGGCAACCUGGUGGAUAUCUUCUCCAAAGUGCGAAUCUUUGGUCUCAGGAAACGAAGGCUCAGACGGCAAGAUCCCCAGCUCAAGGGCAUAGUGACAAGGUUAUAUUGCAGGCAAGGUUACUACUUGCAAAUGCACCCAGAUGGAACUCUCGAUGGAACCAAGGAUGACAGCAGCAAUUCUACAUUAUUCAACCUCAUACCAGUGGGUCUUCGUGUUGUUGCAAUCCAGGGUGUAAAAACGGGGUUAUACAUUGCAAUGAACGGAGAAGGUUACCUGUAUACAUCAGAACUUUUUACUCUGGAAUGCAAGUUUAAGGAGUCUGUUUUCGAGAAUUAUUAUGUCAUCUACUCAUCUAUGAUAUACAGACAACAAGAAUCCGGUAGGGCCUGGUUCUUAGGUUUUAAUAAAGAAGGUCAAGUUAUGAAAGGAAACAGAGUGAAGAAAACAAAACCAGCAGCGCAUUUUCUACCCAAGCCAUUGGAAGUUGCCAUGUACAGAGAGCCGUCAUUGCAUGAUGUUGGAGAGACAGUGCCAAAGCCUCGUGCGACACCAAGUAAAAGCACAAGUGCAUCUGCAAUAAUGAACGGGGGCAAACCAGUCACUAAGAGUAAGACAUCAUAGCCAGACCCCCGAGGGUAUUGUGACUUACUGAGCCCUUGGCACACUUGAGCAUUUUAUCCCCGCCAGACUGUCCUAACUUCAGUGUUUGAAAAAUAUGCACUGGCUCUUUGCUGUUUCGAAACCAACGUGUUGAAGAUGGAUAAAACUCAGUGUGUAUGUCCUCCCUCCACUAGAAGACACAUGGGUAACCAGCUAAACUCAGACCAUGGAAUGCCCUACCAGAUAUGGAAUGCCUUUUUAAUAUCUUAUACGUGACUGUGACACUUCAUGUGAAUGACAUACUUCACAAGUACACUUGAUACCUUGCCUGCUGACAAUUACUCUUACCCCCUUUAGAGUCCAAUUACAGCGAAAUCCAUGUGUUUAAGUUCUAUUUUGUAGCACACAAAUAUUAAGUAAUUUAUAGUUAGACGCUGUAAAACUGCGCUAUAAUGGAUUUCUCUAACCUUUUUUACAAGGCUGCUUGCACCACUGUCUGUGACCUUUUGCAGGGAUUGCGUUCCUCUAGAACUUGAAUGUUUCAGGUGGCUUAGUUCUGAAAGCAAUCAGGGAAUCAGGAAGCCUUCAAACAGCUAUUCUAAAACAUGUCUAUAGUAAAUAGGACUUAAAUACUGGUCAAGUGUGGCAACAGAUAUUGUGCUCCGCAGGUUGGCGUUAUUUACUAGAGGGAAAUAUGUCAAACACACCCAGUGCGGGAGUAGGCUGUGACUAGUGUUUGACCCCCCUAUCCUUUCCUUUUUGUGUGUGUUUUAUACAUAUCACAGGCUUGCUGGUAAUGGUAACAUUUGCCUUGCCCAGUAAGCAAGACCCACUUGUUUUUUUAGAAAGGUGGGUCCGUAGAACUCUGUAGGCCUUGUAGGCCUGAAUUAAGGCUCAUUUUUCAUCAAUGACUCCUCAUAAUAAUAAAAAAUAAUAUUAUGAUUAACAGGUUUUCCACUACCUACAGCAAUUCUGUUUUGAAAAUUAAAGUCCUUCCUGUUUUUAACAAGCUGAAAUUAAAGUGUACCUGUCACCCGCUCUCAGAGGAGGCAGGAUUUCUGCGGGCUGACCCAAUGUUCCUGAGGAUCCAUCUAUUCGCUGGGUGCCGCAGUGAUGUCACUAGUUCAAUAGUGAAAUGACAGGCUGGUUAUUGGUUCACCUCGCAAAAGUCUGUCUCCACUUUAAGGUCAUUCCCAUCUCUGGCAGUUCCUGCAGUUUUAUUUAGCUAAGCAUGGGCACGUUGUUUGCUGUGUCCCUUUUUGCAACAGCAAUGCAAGUAGUUAAUGAACAUCACGAUUUGAUAUUUUCCUGUUUGAUAAAACUGGACAAGUACAUAAAAUAUUUUAGGUAAGCAUGCAGAGUCCAGUACUAUUACUUUCCACACUAAAUCUUACAUAAUCCAAACACAAAACCUUCAGGAACCAGAAUUUACAUGUUAAAGGUGCCUUGCUUAGGUUGUGGCAUAUUUUACACAAAGCCACUUUAUGUGGAAUCAGAACUUUCAAGUGAUUUUGAAGUCAUUAGUUGCCUAUUCCAUGUCUCUCGUGUGAAGAGUUUUUCACAAUGGCAUUGGGUUCCUCUCACCUAAUAAUUACUAAACCCUCUAAGUUGUCCACUCGAUACAAGAGAGCAGUGAUGGUGUUCUGUAUACAGUUAGUAUAGAUAGGACAUGCUUCCAUAAGAUAUGUAUACAGGACCAAAAUGAUAUUACUGUACGCCUGGACAUCUUAAGUGGAAAAAUGAUACUAUUCUGAAGCUAUUUCAUUUGGCAUAAACGGGUAAGCUUUCUUUUCUUAAAUCCCUUUGGCUGUGUCUGCUGGCAAUGUUGAAUUACAUUUCUUGUUUUUCUGUUGUCUGUUUGUGUUCAUAAUGCCCUGUAUCCGUUUAUGGGAUCAACAUAUUUGGCUUUUGACAGAUUUAUUGUGUCAGUGGCUUAAUUACAAAAUAUUCACAAUGAUUUACAUAUGAGCUGCUCCAACUGUUGAAAAGAACUGUGCUGCUAGUCUCACAACAACUACUUAUCUCUCUAAACAUUUCCAUGUUAAACCAUAACUGCUUGCCCUGCCACGAUGGCGAAGUAUAUUAGCAGACAUGAUCGAUUGUGUUCUUACAUCAGCAAAGUUAUAACAUGAGUAAUAUUGCACAACAUAUGUUUCCAUAUAACCUGUGUGGGGCUGGUGUCCCAACAUCAGACACACAUUCCCAAUUCAUUGCCAUGACAAAACUCUACAUGACAGGCUAUGCGCCUAGAAAACCAGUUGACUGGUUAAAAUCAAGGCUGAAUUUAUUUUUGUAAGUGACUACUAUGUUAUGUAUGUGUAAUACCUUUGUUAUCUACUUUGUUUAUUAUAUGUUUAUACAGGUUGUGUAUGAGAUUUUUUUCUUUUGAAUGGAUGUCCUCCAGAUUUUUUUUUCUUGUAAAAUGUUGACACAUCUUUGUUGUCUGUGUAUUUAAUUCCUUACUUUUCUUUAGUUCAAUGUCUCAUCUGUUGCAUGGGAAGAGGGUGAUGAUGAUCUGCAUGUAGUAAGCUAUGUGUAUCAAGAAAUGUUGGUAUGUAUUACUAAAUUUACAUACAUACAGUAUAUGCAAAGCGUUUGUCUGCAUUGUACAGUUUAUGUGUUUAUUAUCAUUUGUUGUAUACACAAUUGCACCGUAUUUAAUAAAAUUAUUUGUACAAUAUGAAAUAUAAACCAUUGACCAAUUUUCACACAAUAUCACAAUGAAAAAUUUCUUGCACUGUCCACAAUUUAAAGGAAGCCACAAACACAUUUUCUACAGUACUAAUACUGUUCCCGAAAACAUACCAAAGAGUGUUCUACCCAAGUGUUCACCUCUUAUGUUAUGUGUCAAGGAGAAAAUAUUAUUGUCAUUGAAAAAUGAUUAUAUAAUGAUGACAAAUGGAAACAAAUAUAAUAAGUUACAAAAUGUAUUGUCUGAAGUUCUAAAGGGUUUUUUUUUUGUAUUAACAAAUGUUAGCAUAUAUACUUCCAAAUAUGCAUGUAGAUGCACAUGUUCCAUUCCCUGAAUGCUCAUAUUUUUUUCCAAGUAUGAUCGUUUCUAACUGUAUUAUUUAAAAAACCCAUUCAAUGCAACAAGAGCCACUUUUUCCUUGCAAAUAUGUUAUAUCUGGCUUAUUGGGUAUAGAAAGGCGUGAUAUAUGUAAAAUCUUGGUUUGACAAUUUAGAAAUGAAAUGUUAUAAUUAGACAAUAAUAUUUAUUUUCUUAUUAAAUCUUUUUUCUUAUAUAUUUGCUCAAUUUUAGAAUGCUUUGGACAGUUAAGCCUAGUAAUGCUGGUCUAUCCCCAUAAGAAAUACAUAUAUUUUAAAUAUUCUAUGUUGCCCAUUUUUGGGGUUUAUUUCUUUGUUUUGCUAUUAUUACAUUCUUUAUGGAGAUCUUAAAAUUACCUAUGGGUAAUCUGUACAAUCCAUGUUAAUAAUUGCUUAAAGGAGAACCAUGCAAACAUUAAUCUUUUUUUCUGAACGUGAGUGUGUGUAUAUUCUAUAUCUAUUUCACUGGUGUUCUCUCGUGUGCAUAUGGCUGACAGGUCCCAGUGCUUGACCUUAGACAAUUCUUUAAUAAUGUGAAGAAACAGGAGCUGUUUUCUCAGCCUUGCCCUGUACCCUAACUUAUGCCUUUAGGGGUUCUCUCGUCAAUAGAACCUGCAUAGACAAUGGGGAAAAGCACAAUAGGGAGAUAGUUCUUUGAGUAAGAACAGUCAACCAAACCCUUAGGUGAAUGUGGUUUCAUACACACACGUUUUGCCACAAAUUUUAAAAAAUAACAAGUAGCAACUGAUUUAUAAAACAUGGAACACAUAAAGUUAUUUAGUAAGGCAACAGAUAAAAAGAAUGAAAUAAAACAACCACCCCAAUAAGUGGGGGAUAUUGCAUUCAAAUAUUUAUCUUGAAGGGUGUUCUCCUUUAAGUAUAUAUAUAUAUAUAUAUAUUUAUAUGUUUUAUUUUUAUUAAUUCUGCCUCCAGUCAGUUAAUUAAUCUAACACUCGUUAUUAUGCAGAAACCCUUAGCCAUAAAGUUGAUUGUUUUUACUUUAUGUAUUUAUACACUGCAAAGCACACAGUCGGUAGUUCAUUGAUUGUCAUUGUAACAGUUCUCCCAUUACUAUAAAUGAAAAGAUGUAAUAUGAGUAUGUCAGAAUAUGAGAUCACCAAUAAAAGUGGAGCUUAAUGACAGGACACAAUGCCUUUGGCUGAAUGGCCUACCCUUAUUCCUAGCAGGCUGUGUAUGGUAUUGCUUGUUAUUUAGAAGGACAAUGCCACUUCCUUGCUGUAGAACAUAUAUAUAUAUAGUACACAAAAUAGCUUAAGGGGAAGGAGAUAAAUGACACACACAGGGUAUUUCAUGAAAGUAAUUGUUUUUGCUUUACCAUAUUCCUGUGUAACAGAUAAUUAGCAAAAAAUAGCAUGACCCUACUGGCCUGUGUCGUUAAGCAAAAAACCUACAUUUGAAAUUACUGUACAUAGGGGGAGAUUUAUCAAAGCUUGGAGAGAAAGAUAAGGUGGAGAGAGAUAAAGUACCAGCCAAUCGGCUUCUAAGUGUCAUUUUUCAAACACAGCCUGUAAAAUGAUUGGCUGGUACAUUAUCUCGCUCAACUUUAUCACUCUCCAAGGCUUAGUACAUCUCUCCCUCAGCCUGUAAAAAGACAGAAGCUGAUUGGUUAGUACUCUCUCUACACUUUAUGCCUCUCCAAGCUUUGAUAAAUCUCCCCCCAAAUGUAAGUUUGCCCCAGAAUGCUUUAAGACUAAAAUUGGGCAGCACCUGGCACUUCAGGGCUGUUGGGAAACACAGAAAAGACUAAACUGUCAAACGUUUUCCAUCCAUGUUCCAGAUGAUAAUAUCGCCUCCAUAUAAUGACUCCCAUAUUGUAUUAUUGUAUGUAUAACAUUGCCUUAAGGUGUCAUAUGUAUUAGCAAUUAUAAAAAUGACAAUACUAGCAAGUGUACUUGAUAAUUCUCUGUAACAAGGUACAUGGGAAUGGUCGGAGGACUAAUCUUAACUCUGUCUUUUAACUCCCCUUUUUUCCACCACUGACAUCUUAAUUGCUUUGUUAAUGUACUGUCCAUUGUUUGAAAUGUUGUCAUGUUUUACAAUUCAAUAAACAUUCAUUUUUCUAUAAAAGUAAA